GGCUCUCGACUGUCAUCUUCCCAUCACCUCUUCCAUUACCGCCCUCUCUUUCAUCUUUCCUCUAAAAUAAUCACACCCUGAGAUACUACAGACAUGGAGGUUCUACUCGGCAUCACUGGCAAGGACUUCGUCAUUCUGGCGGCCUCCAAGGCUGCCAUGAGAGGCCCCACCAUCCUCAAAGCCGAAGAUGACAAGACAAAGCAGCUGAAUGAACACAACCUUAUGGCCUUCUCCGGAGAGGCGGGAGACACGGUACAAUUUGCGGAGUACAUCCAAGCCAAUAUCCAACUAUACACGAUGCGGAAUGAUACCGAGCUGGGCCCGAAUGCGGUUGCUAGCUUUGUUCGGGGAGAAAUGGCGCGGAGUCUGCGGUCUCGGAAUCCCUACACUGUCAACCUCUUGCUGGGAGGUGUCGAUCCCAUCACGCACAAGCCUCACCUAUACUGGAUUGAUUACCUGGCAUCACUGGCACCUGUACCAUAUGCUGCUCACGGAUAUGCACAAUACUACUGUCUGUCCACCCUUGAUAAACACCACCACCCCGACAUUUCGCUCGAAGAGGGAAUGAAGCUUUUGGAAAUGUGCACAGACGAAUUGAAGCGCAGACUACCGAUCGAUUACAAGGGGGUUCUGGUGAAGAUCGUGACUAAGGACGGCGUGCAAGAAGUACCAUUCGAUAAUAACAGGAUUGUCAAGAGUGCCUAAUGUGAUGUAUCAUACCAAUGAUUGUCUAAUGUUUUCGGUUUCACGGGACUUGGGUUUCAAGAGAAGAUCGGUUUGCAUGGCAGGGUAUUUUCCAUGGCUUUGACCGAGACGAAGUCUCUCCUAUUGUUUAGCUAGGUAGAGACAAUAUCAAUGAUUUCUCGAG